AAUGUUUCCAUCAUUUCGUAUACGUGUUUCGGGUUUGGAUAAAAAAGCCAAAUAUAUAAUGUUAAUGGAUAUUGUUGCUGCUGAUGAUUGUCGUUAUAAAUUUCAUAAUUCACGUUGGGUUAUGGCUGGUAAAGCAGAUCCAGAAAUGCCUAAACGAAUGUAUAUACAUCCAGAUUCACCAUCCACUGGUGAACAAUGGAUGCAAAAAGUUGUUUCAUUUCAUAAACUUAAAUUAACUAAUAAUAUUGCUGAUAAACAUGGUUUUACAAUAUUAAAUUCAAUGCAUAAAUAUCAGCCACGUUUUCAUCUAGUCCGUGCAAAUGAUCUAUUAAAAUUACCAUAUAGUACAUUUCGUACAUAUGUUUUUAAAGAAACUGAAUUUAUUGCUGUUACAGCAUAUCAAAAUGAAAAGAUAACAAGACUUAAAAUUGAUAAUAAUCCAUUUGCCAAAGGUUUUCGUGAAACUGGUGCUGGUAAACGUGAAAAAAAAAAUUCAUUAAUGUCAUUAGGAUCGAAUACCGGAUCAGGUGGUGGUAGUGGUGGAUCUUCAUAUAGCCAUCAUCAUCCGCAUCAUCAUCUUUCACAUCAUCCUCCUUCUCAUCAUCAUCAUCCUCAUAGUACAUUACCGCCACCAGCGCCAUCAAAUUAUCUUCUAAAUGGUCAUCAUCAUCAUCUUCCACCACCACCCCAAUCAUCUACCUUAUCUCAUCAUUUUCAUCAUCAUUCUGAUCAUAAAUAUCGUCAUAAAUCAAGUCCAUCACCAUCAAUACGAACGAAAACAGCAAACAAAACAUCAAAUUCUGAUUGUGGUGAUGAUAUCGAUACUGAUAAUAUCGAUAGUAUCGAUGAUAACGAUGAUGAUGAUGAUGAAGAAUGUCGUAUCGAUAUAAUGGAUGAUAUGGAUGAUGAUAAUUUACCACAACCACCGCCAUCUACAACUAAACAGCAAAAUGGUAGCCAAUCAAUAUUUAAUGAUCAUUUAUCAACAUCGAAUGAUUAUCGACAGCAAAAAUUUUUUGGUCUUGAUUCAUUAAUGAAAACAUCUGUCAACAACAUCGAACAACAACAGCAACAUUUAUUGAAACAAAAUAAAUCAGAUUUACUUAAAGAUGUUCAUUCAUUACAAGCAAUGUCCAAUUCUAUACUUGGUCUUUCAUCAUCAUCAACUGCAUCUAAUUCUACAACAUCAACAACAUCCGUAUCAUCAUCCGCAUCAACAACAACAUCGACGACGACGACAACAAAUGCAGCUGCAAUGGCAUUUGCAGCAUUUGCUGCUGGUUUUCCUACUGCUGCUGCAUCAAUUAAUCCUGAACAUUUUAAUAGCCAAUUAGCAUCAUUUUAUAAUACCGGUAAUUCAUCAACAACAGCAUCAGCAACAACAACAACAAAUGGAUUAUUAUCAGCUGCAGCAACAGCUGCUGCAUAUGGUUUUCCAUCAUUAUUUUCAAGAUUUUAUCCACAAACAAAUCCAUUUUUACAUGCUGGUAGUGUUAGUGGUGGUGGAUCGAUUGAUCAUGAUCCAUCAAAUCACCAUUCAAGAUUAUCAAAUUUUGUUCCAUGGGCUACCCCUGCCGCUACCACUUUGUCAACAUCAACGACAUCAUCGUCAACGACACCUACUACCACCACUACUAGCAGUUUAUCAUCAACAACAAAUCCAUUAUUGAAUCAAUUUUCAACAUCAUUUUUUCAACAUCCAUUCAAUGGUAUACCAAAUUCAUUGAUGGAUUUUUCAAGAUUUCAAUCAUCCACAUCAAUGAAUUAUGAUAAUUUUGAUUUAAAAAAUUUUGAUCCACGUGCAAUGUUGAAUGCUUAUUUUGGUGCAUUUAGUGAUGGACAUGUUGCACAACAACAAACAUCAAUUUUGGACGCAAUGAUGACUACGGAUACUGUUGCUGGAGCAUUGACCGCAACAGCAACAACAACAGCGUCGGCAUCAACAACACCAACGUCAUCAUCAACCGCAAUAAAUUCACCAGCAGCACAAGAUUCAUCAAAAUUUUCAACAUUAUCAUUAUUAUCAUUGAAUGAACAACUGGAACAAGGUAGAGAUUUAUUACAAUUACAUGAAACAUUGAAUCAACGUUUUAAAGGAACGUCAGCAACCGCAACAAAUUUACCAUCAUCAUUAAUAACAAAUCAUAGUUCAAGAUUCUUUCCAUAUGGUAUUCGUCCAUUUUUAUCCCAAUGCAAUAAUCAAAUACAGAAUGGACAAAUGAUGGGCGAAUUAGGUAUCGGUAGUAUCGAUUCGAAUCGAUUAUCAUCAUCAGCAACAGCAAAUCAUUUUAAUAAUCUUGAUAAUAAUAAAUUAGCCAUUAGUCCUAGAAGUGAUGAUAAUGAUAAUCUUGAUUAUCAACAACAAAAAAAACAGUCAAAAAAUACCUCAUCAAUGAAUUGUCCAUCAUCACCAAUAUUAUCUAGAUCAAAUUCAAGUAAUGGUAGUGUUGGUGGUGGUCAAUUAGAUGGCCGAUGUAGUAAUGCAAGUACACCGAAUAGUAUUAUACGUAGUAGUCAUCAUCAUCAACAACAACAACAUACAUCGUCGCAACCAGUAUCACCAUCAUCAUCAACAUCAUCCGCAUCAUCAACCGCAUCGAUAACGUCAUUUAUGAAUAAUCAUCAUAAUGCUAUUGAUAAAAGUCCAUCAGUUAAAGAAUCAUUAAAAGAAUUGAAAAAUAUUCAAUUAAUGGUUGAUGGUUUGGAACAAUCAAAACAACAACAAUCGAAACAAAAACAACAACAACAAAAUAAUAACAACAAUGGACAACAGCAGCAAAGUAUUGCAGCCACUACUUAAUUCAACUACCGAUCUCUUUGAUUGAUUGAUUUAUUCAUUGAUCAAUCAAUCAACUACAAUCUCUCUAUCUCUCCAAUAUCUAUUGAUUUCAUUCGAAAAAAAAUUUUAAAAUUUUAAUUUAAUCAAUUAGGGUGUGCCAUUUUCGAGAGUCCAAACAUUGAUUUUUGAUUUAUUGAUUUUUUUCGAUAUCCUAAAUAAUGUCCAAUUCAAUUUAGCAGCAGAAGAAGAGAAAUUCCCUUGUAAUUCUUACUUUAUUCAUUAUUUGAUCCAAUCAAUGAUUGAUUGAUUGAUUUGAUUUCGAUUGAU